AUGGCGGCGGAGGGAGCGCAGGGAGGAGGGCACACGCUCCAGAGCAGGGCCCGCACUCACACAGACCGACCGCAGCCUCUCCACCAGGCCGCCACCCGGAGCCCCAGCGCCCGCACGGCUCAGAGGCCCCCCGUGGAGUUGGCCUACGUCCUGGUUUUCACCACCAGCUGCAGACGUCAUCCAGCCGACAAAGAAGCGGCACAUUUAGAUCUGCGGAGGCGAGAGCAGCCGGAGUCGUGGCGUAGGAGCAGCAGAAGAAGACGCAGGGGUGCCAUGGAGUACCACUCUAGUGGUAGCCUGCCCCUGCUGGGGAGACCGCGCUACUGCCCCGGAGCCAACGCCAAUGGGGGCUACCUGUGUGAGACCGGGCACUGCUGCGGGGAGAGCGGCUGCUGCACAUACUACUACGAGCUCUGGUGGUUCUGGCUGCUGUGGACCGUCCUUAUCUUGUUCAGCUGCUGUUGCGCCUACAGACACCGGCGCGCCAAACUCCGAGUCCAACAACAGCAGAGGCAGAGAGACAUCAGCCUGCUGGCCUAUCAGGGAGCAUCAUCCUUCCCCUCAUCCAUGCUGGACCUGAGUUUCUUGGCAUCGCUGAAGUUGCCGUCGUACGAGGAGGUGGCUGCGCAGCCCUCCACUCCUCCGCCUCCCUACAGCUCUGUGUUCACGGCUCCACAAUACCCUCAGCCUCCCCGCACCAUGGACCCCCACCUACUCACACAGCAGCAUCCAGGGACCCUGCUCCACCGGCCCCUGCAACCACUAAGCGAUGGGCCCUCCUCGCUCAGCUCCGACAACAGCUCCAGCUGCUCCUGCGACUCCUGCUGUCCAUCAUCUCCCUGUAGCUCCUCCCUCUCUGCACCGGUUACCUACGAGACGGACACAAGCCACACCUCAACGCCAAGCGAGGCCACACCCCUCACGCUAGACUCCGUCACCAUAGAGACUAUCACCGCGGCCGCCACGCGCCUUGACAAGGGGGACAGCUCUGCACUGCCCGUCAACGCCAACUGGGACGACGAGGAAUCCGAGGAACAAGGGGACGAAGAGUAUUGCGAAGAUAGCGACGUAGCUGCGGAUGAAAGCCAGUACAAACACAGGAGGCUAACGGGCGAUUCUGGGAUUGAGGUUUGCCGAUGUAGAAUUGAGGAUGAAGACGAGGAGGAUGAUGACAAAGAGGAUCUAAAACCCGAUAUCGGCAAAGAUGGCAGCGAAAAGAAAUUGUACGUAGGCAGUUCGGAGCUUCACGACAGCUUGGAUUGUCCUGUGCGGAGCCAAAAGAGCGCAGCGGAGGACGUGGAUUUGUGUAACACCGAAAUGAAAGGUUCGGACGAGAAAGCGGCGAUUCCAGUUGAAACUGUGUAA